GUGCGCGGCGGAAACGCUCCUCCGCGGCCUCCUUAAUGCGCGGCGGGGGAUGAUUGACGGAUCCACUUCCCCGACAUCCCCUCAAGGGUUGGGGGUCGGGGUGGGUGGGAGGCGUGAUUUGGGAAGGUCGUGAGCACCGCCCCCCGUGUAACAUAAUUAGGAUUAUUAUCAUUACGUUAACCGUAAUUUUGGCCCCCGGGUCCCUAGGGACUAGAAGCGGCUUCCAGGUUUUAAAAAACUGGGGGGGUGGGGGUGGAACACCUCUAAAUGCGUAGAUGGGGCGGGAGUGGGAAAACUAUGGCUGCAAAAACCACCAUACGCGGGGAUUUUGAUUUAUUUUAUUAAAUUCGCACGCCGCCCCUCAUCCGAAGGUCACACAGGGGUUGGUUUGCAAUGUAAGAAUGCAAACGUGAAAUACGUAAAGGGAAAAAAGAGGGAAGUAGAAUUCAAACUAUGUGCAUGUAUAUUAUAUAUGCGCAUACUGUAUAUAAAAAUCAGUUAAAACUGUACCAAUAGUUACAAUAAACCGGCACGGUACCAGAUUAUUAUAAUAAUUUGCAUUUGCAUCCUGCCCUUCCAGGGAGCUCAAAGUGUUUCUCCUUCUCUUCAUUGCAAUUUGCCUUGGGCAAGGCAAUGAUAAAUAAAUGAAUCCCCGCAACAACCCUGCAAGGUAGGUUAGGCUAAGAGAAGGUGGCUCAUGAUCACCGAAGUAUCUGAAGAAGUGUGCAUGCACACGAAAGCUCAUACCAAAAUAUAAACUUAGUUGGUCUUUAAGGUGCUACUGAAGGGAUUUUUUUAUUUUGCACCGAAGGCUAAGAAAGGGUUUGAAGUCCCAUCUCUCCCAGGUCCUAGUCUGACCCUCUGACGUCUGCACCACAGUCACUCUGUGGCAGAUAGUUGUGCCGUGCAUUCAUUUUGCAUGGGGAAGUAGCAAAAGGGGCCCUUUGCAAAUUAUUCUUCCCCUUCCAAUUAGGGUUAUGUCAGAUUAUUCGGUUGAAGAGAGACCGCACAAAACACCUUGGUGCCUGAUGGCUACCCCACUGGAACACCGUUAGUAAUUUGAUUUUCAUUCUACCUCCAAUCUAUGGUGCAAUUCAGAGUCACAGAGAUGGCCUCGAAACACGAUAUAUAAUAGCUUAUUUGUGUGUCGCAGCCGUAGGUUUGGGCUCGUGGUGCUUUCACAUGACCCUAAAGUAUGAAAUGCAGCUGUUGGAUGAGCUGCCCAUGAUCUACAGUUGUUGCAUGUUUGUCUACUGCCUGUAUGAAUGUUUCAAGUACAAGAAAACAAUCAAUUAUCCCCUCCUGUUUAUACUAAUAGGCUACAGCAUUGGCGUCAGCAUAGUAUACCUAAAUUGGAAACAGCCAGUGUUUCAUCAGGUUAUGUAUGGGACGCUGGUGGCUGUUCUAGUACUGCGAUCUGUAUAUAUAGUCUUAUGGGUAUACCCGUGGCUGAGGGGCCUAGGCUAUACGUCCCUGACAGUAUUUUUGCUGGGUUUUUUCCUUUGGAACGUAGACAACAUUUUCUGCGAUAAACUGAGGGCGUUGCGGGAGAGGCUACCUCCGCUUGUGAGCGUCGUGACGCAGUUUCACGCUUGGUGGCACAUUCUUACAGGCCUCGGCUCCUACCUUCAUAUCUUGUUCAGCUUAUAUUCAAGGACACUUUACCUGAAGUACAGGCCAAAGGUCAAGUUUCUCUUUGGGAUUUGGCCUGUUCUCUUAGUAGAAUCGACCAAUAAGCAAGAAUCUGCGAAGAAGCAAUGACGAGGACAUCUGACCAGCGCUGAAGAGACAACUUACCCCAGAUGCAUCAAGAGAGUCUACAAUAAACCACUUGGACUGGCGUGUUGGACGUUCUUGCAAAGGAAUAUCCCCCCUUCCCUUCCCUCUGGAGCUGCAGAGAAUCUGUAGAAGCGAGAGCCAGCCUAUCUACAGAAGCCACGAUCAGAGGUUCUUCUAUGCUUGAGGUGUCAAAACGAGGGCGUGGGAUUUCUGUGUACCAUAUUUUUGGAGCUGCUGGGCUGGCAGAUUGUGCUGCUCACAGAAAACAAGUGUGUCUUGACGGUGGGUUAUAGAGGUUUUCAUUUGGCUGGCCAGAAUUUUCAUUUGUGGGUGAAAAACGAAUGCGUCUGAGCAUCAUUGAAGCCAGACAGGAACGGACAGACCAUCUAUUUGAUCUUUAUAGGGGUCUCUGUGUUCUCAGGCGUACUCUAUAUGUCUGCUGGUACAUCCUAACAGUCCGGGGCUUUACUCUGGUUUUCCAAAAACUUGUUUCUUUAGCAAUUUGCAUACAAUAAGGGGAGCUGGGGUAGGAGUGUUAUUCUCUUAACCGAGUGAUAUGUCCUGUUUUCUUUACAGACAGUGGGAUUUUAAUUUGAUAGGGGGGGUGUCUAUAAACAGAAGUCCAGUUGUCCACCCCAGUGGUUACUUGUGGAACCAAUAAAACAGUAUUAGCUGGAGAGGUGUGACCCAGGAUCCCUUGUGGAACAGUAGAGGAUGCUGGGGCACAUUUCUCCGAUCACUGUGCAGCUGCAAAAUGUUUUGAACCAGAGUAGGAGAACCAUCCCUCCAAAAAACCACUCCCUCUCCAUGGGAUAAUUGUAGGCCAAAGGAACAAAACCUGCCUUAGCUCUCGCCCUCUGACCAUUUGGAGAUGUGAACUGUGAAGCUGGACUUUCAUUGCGGUCCUAAAUAGUUACCUGGAGGUAACCAAUCGCCGGUUCUCAUUCGCAAACAAAUUUAAUCCAUGCCUGCCUGCCUGCCUCCCGGAGUACAAAAUCCAUGCACAACUGUUCAGAUGCACACGUGUCAUCUUUUGAGUCUUUUAUCUCUCAGCCUAACCUACCUCACAGGGCUGUUUUGAGAAUAUUGGGCAUGCCACCCUGAUCUCCUUGGAGGAUGGGCAGAAAAAAAACAUCAUAAGAAAGUUAGGAUUGUGCCUUCCUAAAACGAAGAAAAGUGUCAAUUGGGUCAUCUGCCCUUUUCUUGACUAUUGCUUCAGAGGUUCUUAAAAAGAGACAUAUGCCUAAUUCUACAGUUACGCUACCUGAAAACUGAUGGGGUGUGGAUGUGUUUUGCAGUUUGGUAGGCAUCCCUGAAUCUCGAGCAGGAAUUUUGCCUUGGGUGCUUCUUACGAUGUGAGGAGCUAAGAAUUGGGCUGUUCGGCUUCUGUCGGAUUCUGCCAGAUAGUGAAGGAAAUGUGGUUUUGUUGCGUUGCUUUUCUUCCAUGCAUGCUUUGAGCUUCUGUGUGCUUUGGCUAAAGUCAGCAGCCUCUCGUGAGCAGCUCAGUUUGUUUUAAGAAGUUCCUGAAUGGCACCGGUACCCGAAACACCCACACCCCUUAAGAAAAAGGGCACAGGCUAUUCCUAACCAGAGCGUCCCGUGUCAUUAUUUUCUCUGCUUUGGCUUCUCUUCAUUUGGAAUAUUUGCUGCCUUCCUGAGUUUUCUAGCUACUUAAAAGUGGAAGAAUCACAAAAGUGCAUUUCUCCACCCCCACCUUGUGCUCAUGCAAUAAGAGUUCCCAUGCGGUCGAGAUUAGGGGUCACUGCUUCUUAGAUUGAACUCUCUCCGUGCAUAAGCCGUUCAUUGCUAUCUCCCCCUCAACCCUGCAAGCUGGCUGACAAGCAGACUCUACAACCGCCUGUCAAAACACCUGAUGCCAUUAUGACAUCAGAUGAUUGGCAGGUGCAUGGUCCCAGCUGACUGACAGCGUUGGCCUGUGGGGUGUGGGGGUCAGAGGCCAAAAAGGUUUCCCAGCCCUGCUCUGCUGCAAAGGGCUGCAUUCACGAGAUCAUUUCCCCCACGUGAAGUCUGAGGAAGGGCAUUGCUUCAUGUUUGAAAUUUGCCACGCGCCAGGCGCAUUUUACACCUGGCUAUCGGCCCCUAGUGACCAAGUGCGGAUGCCCACGUGCCAGGAUGGGGCCUGGCAUCUCCACCAUCUGGAGGUGCAUGCCUGGGGAUCCUUGGAUCCGGUCUGUUUUCACACGCUAGCAGCACCCCGUGUAGAAUCCUACCCGCUUAUUUUAUAUCCGCAGAAUCAGAACAAAUUUCAGGAAACACAAAGUCGCAUUGAAAAAUACGAUUUAUUUAUUUAUUGAGCCGCCUGGCCCCCAAAAUGGCAACUAGGCAUUCCGUUUUGGCGACUGAUUUAAGCAUCCCUUUGGCACCUAGCUUAUGCACCUGAGUUUCCAACACUGCUCAUGGUUGACUUCCCUCUGGUUUUCUCUUGGCUCUUAUUGUGAAUUGGCCAACCUGCGAAUCAUGUUUGGUAUCUCAUGCCUGUAUUUGGUUACAGAUCAGUGAUGUGCAAUGUGGUCUCGCGGGCCUCAAGUAUCCAGGCUUUCAGUUGCCAAUGACAUUUGCCGCUCUUGAGCCCAGCCCCCCCCCCAGGCCCCAAAACCCAUCUCCCACCCUGUCCCAUCACAUUGCUUGUAGGGGCAUAAGAACUGCCUUGUGCUCAUUCUAGAUUUCGGGAUCCCUAUGUAGCUCAGUAUUGUCCACACCAGGCAUGUCCAACAGGUAGAUCGUGAUCUACCGGUAGAUCACUGGAUGCCUGUGGUAGAUCAAUGGUAGAUCACUGGCUCCCCCCCAAAGAAGCUCAACAACUUUGGCUCCCCUAAAAAAAGCUCAAUUUUUUUGCCCUGCACCCCCCCCCCAAAUGGCGCUCUCCGUCUCCCUAAAAAAAAGCUCAACAAUAACUUUGAUCUGAAUGCCUAAAAAAGGGGCCUUCCUCCUCCCCAAAAAAGCUCAACAACUUUGACCUGAACCCCAAAAAAGGGGGUAGAUCACUGCCAGUUUUUAACUCCGUAAGUCGAUUGCAGUCUCUUGGGAGUUGGCCACCCCUGCUCUACACUGACUUGUAGCUGCUCUCCAGCAAGGUCUGUUUCCCAGUCCUACCGGGAGAUUCUGUUUUCCCCCAGUUCUAGGUAUCUUGGAAAUCAUAAAUAGUAAUAAUAAUUAUAGCCAAGAUCAUGAUGGCUAGCAGCUUCCUUUGGGAGUAUCAAUUCUGCACCAAAUAGUGGGUGAAUGAGGAAAGAGGGCACCCAAGGUGAAGAGUCUUCGAAGUCGCAUUUUUCUGUCGUGUGGCUGCCGGCCCCGGCCUCCUCUUGCUUUUUCAUAUGGGAUGGGAAGACCCAAGGGGCUGCUGCGUUGCCCGCCCACCCAGACUUCUGCGACUUGCAGUUUCCCUCUCAAUCUUACGCGUGUUUGGCAUGUUUCUGAGAGCGAGGCGGAAUCGCAGACUCUUGAUUCGGAGCUCUUUUGUGGCAGCGUGAUAAGUGAUUACGCGGUAAACAAUAAGAAAUCCCAGCGUCUCCCUCUCUCUUUGCUGUGCAGAGACGCAAGGCUGGCUCAGCUGCAGCUGCGUUGAGAGCGCCCAAUGUUUUGCCCACACAGCGGGGGCAAAGUCUCUUGGGUGCGGGCCCAGCACAGAGGGAGAGGCGUGUGGGUGCCAUUCAGAGCUUCCUGCAGAGAAAUUCCAUGACUUGCCUACCGCCCACCACAACAUGCCAUGGCUGUUAACGCUUUUUUUAUACCAGAGUGAGGCAUUCCAGGCACUAUUUCCAUGGAGAUGGGCAAACUCCUGCGGCGUCAAGACAUAAAAACUCCUGGAGCUACUGCAUGGUUCACGUCUCUGGCCCUGCCUCCUUCCCAGCCAACCUUCGUUGGAGGGCAGGAAGUGGGGCUCUGCCCCAUCUCCCCAUUUGGAUGCGAUCGGAGUGACUGGAUUCAGCUGCUCCCAAUUUAUUUAUUUUUUUAAAGCCCAUCAAAGAAAUGCUCUUGGUUUUAUGGGAGUCGCUGCUAGGGGCCAAUCCCCUUUCAGGAGAUGUGCUCAGAUCCCACCAUAGUGGUUGGGGGCAAAUGGCUCUUAAAGUAAGCCUUUUGGGGGUAUAAAAUUUGCAGUGGCUACAGCAGAGCUCUGCUAGCUAAGGAAAGAGGCCUGUUUAAAAGUGAGUCGUCUUAAAGGCACACCUGCUCCUGUUUGCAUCUCUGUUUUAGAGAGGAACAUACUCUAAACCAGGCAUCCCCAACCUUCGGCCCUCCAGAUGUUUUAGACUACAAUUCCCAUCAUCCCUGACCCCCUGGUCCUGUUAGCUAGGGAUCAUGGGAGUUGUAGGCCCAAACAUCUGGAGGGCCGCAGUUUGGGGAUGCCUGCUCUAAACCCUUCAGCCAUCCUGGAGGUGUGACUACUCGCCAGUGACUCCACAGAGGACCUGCAUGAAAGCAUUCCUUUCUGUAGCAAAAUCUGGCACGGCUAAGCACCCGCUUCUUCACUUUAUGUAGUUGAAAAGAGCAAUGUUUGGUCCAAAUGUAUUUUAGAAAACACCACUGGAAGAAAAGAAUGUAAUAUUUUCAGACCGGGGGUAUCCAACAUGGAGCACUAUGGAUGACGUUUGACUCCUAACACAGCCGCAGUGGUUGGGGGUCCAUGUCUACGGGGGCUACACAUUGGCUACCCCUGCUAAAGACCGUGUGCCUCUAAAACUCCCAUCUUGGCUUAACUGAACCUGUGCAAUACUGAAAGUUGUGUGUGAAUGCUUGGGGAGCUUGUCCCUUAUCGGGGGGGGAACCCAGGCUGCCUUCGCCCAGAAGGAAUAUAAAUGGCAUGGAUGAAAUAAAAGCGGAAUUAUGUGUGGUGUCCCUUGAAAAUCCGCCCCUCCUGCUCUUUGUGUGUUGAAACUCUGCUUUUGGGGGGCGGGUGUUAAAGCCUUAUUCUGAGUCUUGUUGAUGCUGUUCCCUGCCACACACUGUUUGCUGCAACAAAAAAGAGACGCACAACAUUAGGAAGCCUGUAAACGCCGUGUGCACUUUGGCUCUGAGAUGCUGCCAGCUAAAACGUGGAGCCCGGAACUUAAAGGUUGUAUUUACUACGAUUGUAUCUCCCCAAGCAGAGGGCUCAGUUUUUUUAAUUUUAAAAAAUCAGCUCCCUGUGACCUGCAGCCAGGAGGUGAUGAGCUGCAAUCUCCACCCCAACUGGAAUGUAUCUUAAGACCAUGUCCAAUAUGGAGCCAAAGGCUGGUGCUGGACCCAUAAUGGGGGGAAAAACUACUCACAUCCACGAGGUACAAGGUCUUUGCCCCUAAGCUGGCCUCUUUCUUCCUCCUCCAUUUCUGUUUCUCCUUAAAACAAUCUAGCUUGUCUCUCUCUAGCUGUCUCUCUAGCUCUCUCACCCGUGAAGGAUCUGAAUCUUCUCCCCAGGUGAACCCAACAGCAGGAACUUGCAGAACUCUGCAUCCUUUCAGUCCCACAAACCGUUGAAAUAGUUUUACGCGGAGGACAAUGGUGAACGUUGCCAGUUUAUUUGCAAACCUGAAUUAGCUCCGCAGUCUAGUCAUUAAAAAAUAAAACCCUUGUGCAAAUUAAUUGAAACAAACAAUGUAGUUUAUUGUACAAAACUCACAUACUACACACAGAGCCUAGGGCUUGCUGAUCAGAAGGUCGGUGGUUCGAAUCCCCGCGACGGGGUGAGCUCCCGUUGCUCGGUCCCAGCUCCUGCCAACCUAGCAGUUCGAAAGCACGUCAAAGUGCAAGUAGAUAAAUAGGUACCGCUCCGGCGGGAAGGUAAACGGCGUUUCCGUGCGCUGCUCUGGUUCACCAGAAGUGGCUUUGUCAUGCUGGCCACAGGACCUGGAAGCUGUACGCCGGCUCCCUCGGCCAAUAAUGCAAGAUGAGCGCGCAACCCCAGAGUCGGUCACGACUGGACCUAAUGGUCAGGGGCCCGUUUACCUUUUAAAGGAUAUUACCUCUGCUAUUUUUAAGCAGCAUUUGUACACUGUUUGGCAUGGAGUCUACUAGUUUUGAACAGUCACUGUUGGUUUUCGGAUCCCUGUACCACACUUGAAUCAGUGCCUGAAUGAGCUUCUCCAUAGUCGUACAGUCUACAGCACAGAGGCAACGUUUGCAUAUAGCCCACAAAUUCUCAAUGGGAUUUACAUCUGGGGAAUUCUCUGGCCAAUCAAGUACCUGUAUUUGCUGCUCUGUCAUGAAUUUCUUCACCACUUUGAUGUGUGACAGGGGGCUAGGUCCUGCUGCAAUAUCCCAGGACCGUCAGGAUACCUCUUCCAGCUCUGGAAUAACUCUCUUUCGUAGAACCUCAAUGUAUUGUGGCGAGCGCAUCAUUCCUUCUAUUGGCUGUAGGCUUCCGACACCAUAAUGAUCAACUGACUUUUCAUGUUUGUACAGGAUUUAGAGUAAGAUAUAAAACAUGCUUUGUUUCAAUUAAUUGGCACAAGAGUGUAUCUCAAGACUUGUGGUAUAAUGUUUGAUUUGGCAAUGACAGUAGAUGUUGUUGCAGGGGGUAUUUUUUGGGUGACCCCCUGCUUGGAAAGACCAGGUGUUGUGUCAUAAUAUCUGACGGCAUCCCUGUGAGGCGGACAGAUUGUCUCCUGCUCUUUUUUAAAUUGCCUUUUCUCCGUCAUAAUGGCAAUGUGGAUCAUCUGACAGAUUGAGGAAGGAACAUGGGAUGCCGCCAUAUACUGAAUCUGAGCAUUGCAUUUGAAUGAGUGGCAAGCAAUUGAAGAUUGGGACUAUGUUGGUAUUUGAAUACCGAACAGUAUUAAAUAAAAGCCCUCCCUCCCUCCUUAACUUCUGAGAAGUUUGCACAACUGUAUGCGCUCCUUAGCUAACUGCCUUCCCAUUCUGCUCGGGGGGAGAACCAGGAAUGCAGUCGGGCUGUCUUCACAAACCAGGCGGUUUGGGCUGCAGUUUAUUCUGGCAACAGCACUAAAAUAUUUGCCAGUGACUCUUCUUAGCGAAAGCUAAAAGUGGGGUGGUAGAAGGGAGCAGGAGGAGGGAGCUUGGGUUUAAAGGGUGCCUUGGAUGUCCACAGUGGGCGGCGAUGUGCACAGAUCAGACACGUGUGAAAUGCAGAAAUCUUUGGGUGAGGUAGCCAACCUACUUCUGCUCUGCAGCCCUUCAGGCUUCUGUGUGGAGAAUUAAUUUAUCCGUGGAGAACCAUUUCAGCUAUGCAACCUCCUCACCUGAAGGCUGAAGGGGUUCAGUGCAGGCUCACCUAAACUGCCUUCUCUCCUAAUUCUGCUGAGCAAAUUCCUGGUUCCUGAACUUUUCUUUUUUUAAAAAAAAUACUUUUUAUUAAAUUUUCCAAUUAAAACACAAUUCAAUUAUUUCAGUUAUAUCCAAUUAUGCACAUACAUAUCGAUUAAGCCAAAUAUUAUGCCAAAUCAUAACAAAUUUUUAGACUUCCCAUGCUUCAAUGCCUGGGGAUUCUAGAAGACUAUUCACACUGCCAUCCUAAUCCUGAUAUCAAAAUCUUGCUGUAAUCCACAGUAAUCCCAAUUUUUUUUCCAACAGUCCCUCUAGAUGUUUUCUUCUCUCUUUUGUCUUUUGUCGCAGCUUCUGAGAUAGGCAUCAAACAAGAUUUAACACAUAUCCAUUCUUCCUGUGUGGGUUUUUUGUCCAGUCCAACCUCCCCAUAAAUCUCUCUUGAUCUGGAGUGUCUUUCUUGCCGCGUCAACAGUCUGACACAAGCCAGCGCCAUCUUGAACGCCUCGGAUCGUAUUCCAUCUUCUUCUAAACUGUCCGUCGAUCGCAAGAGUACAGCUUUUUGGCGAGGAACAGCCAGUUCACAUUAUGCACAAUCUCUUAUAGCCGAUUUAUGACUUUCCUCGCCUUUUAGCUGCCCUCUGCGUUCCGAGACUCCAAUUAGGCUGCUAUUAUCCCUCAAAUUCCAAAUAUGCCACAGCUCGUAAAUCCAACUCGCCGGCGGUUUUCCAGGCCAUUCCAAUAAGCAUACGGACUGGGGAGGUUUUUUUACUCUUAACAGUUUAACAAAGCAACUUCUAAAAUCAUACCAGAUGACAAUCCUCUAUUUAUAUGAAUUCCGAUGCCACACAGUUCGUUUCCAUUUGUCCCAAAUAAUCAGACAGUCCGUCCGGGAAGGUGGUAGGUACAUCUUAAAGUAUAAAAAUAAAAAGUUCACUUCCCUUUUCGUUCCGUCCCAAUCAUUCUUUCUUCUUGAUGAUGAAAUACUCCCUCCACUCUCUUCUCGCUCAGAAGCUGAUAAAGUCCUGGCAGUAUCUUCUCCCCCUUCUUUUGAAGCAUGUCCAUGAAUUUAAAUCCAAUUAUUCUCUUUCAUCAUGGAGAUCGCGCUCGCAUAGGGUGGCCUCCAGGAGCUCCGGCCCCCAUGGGUGCUCGGUCCAGGCCCCCCCACCCCCUCAAAAGGUUCGGGUGGGUUAAGGGGCAUCCGCGGGCCAGCGGCCCUUCCCGUCAUCCCGGGAAUUCCCCAUGGGGGUCGUGAAGAUGGUACAGGUCAGCCAUAACGAGCGCGAGCGGAAGUCCCUGGUUCCUGAACUUUUGCCAGUUUUCGCUUCCUUGGCUCAACUUUCAUUUCCACACCUCCAACUCUGCUCCUAUGGAUCUCUGGCUGUGUCAUCUGCCCUGUUGCGCCAGGGUUGGAGAACUUCAGGUUUCGAGGAGCCGGUCCUCUGUACCCAGCUCUCUGGGUUUUUCCCAGGCCAUACUCUUAAUCCUGCCCUGCCCCACCCUUGGGUGUUUUUGCCUGGCUGAAAUAUGUCCUCGAACUCUUGAGACCUUGAACUCUUGCGCUCCUUGCCGAAGAGAGAGAGUUGGGCGAGCCAUGUGUAGAAACCAGCCUGCUUAUACAGUGCUUUGCCCACUUUUGGUCCCAGAAGGUCUGGAAAGGAAUGUGAUCCUCAGAAUGGAAAACGCUCCCCACCCCUCUGUAUUUACGGUUUCUGUAUUUAUUGCUGCUUAUCCCUCUGUGCCGUUUACGCUUUCCCAUGUGCAAAGUACACUUUCUACCGCUUUGCUUCCACGUUAAAGAACCAGCACCCAGAUUUCCCAGGGCGUGGUGUGUGGGGCGUUCCGUUCUUUCUGGUUUUGCUCCUUUACCCAGAAACCCCCUCUCGGUUUCCGGCACUCGGUUUGCAGCAGCGGGUCUUGCCCGUCAGGUUGGCAUCUCUUUGGAGUAUUCCUCGGACCUCCCUGUUUCCGAAACCCUCUAAAACAAGUAUUGCUUCUUUCUUGCCGUGUCAAAUGAAUGUUUGAUUAUUGGACACACUUUUUAAUGCACUGAUUUUAAGAUGUCGCUUAUUAUUAUUAUUAUUUGUUUAAAAUGGAAAUGGAACCGGGCUGUCGAAAGGGAUGUGGGGGAUAUCUUAUGUAAAGUGACCAAACUUGGUUUUCACACCUUUUUUUUGUUCUUGCUGUUCCGGACCUGUGGGAUUAUUUUGGAAAGAAACAUUUUCCUUUACAGACGAACUUAACUGUGGUUGUAUCAUGAAACAGCAGAUAACUGUAUAUAAAAGCCAUUGUGAUGAAUACUCUUCAAGCAUUUUGAUAUACUAUAUUGAAAUCUUUCUAUGGGACUCAUUUCUCAACAAAGAAGCUUAUAAUAUAUAAUGCUAUUUUGCAAUAAAAGUGGCUUUUUCAGAUUUUAAUGACGUAUUUAAUCAAUUUACCCUUUCAGCAUUAAUUAUGACUUUCUAGCUAAUAAUUAUUAAAGGAUUUUUGAUUU